CGCAGGGCGCUGAUUGGCUAGGAGGGAUAGCGGCGGAAGUGACGUGGUAAAGCCUGGCCGCGCUGUUGCUUGCUCUGAGAAGCGACUGGUUGAGUUGAGGCCUCGUGUUUGGUUUGGCGCCAUGGUGAAGUUGACGGCGGAUCUGAUCGAGCAGGCGGCUCAGUACACGAAUGCCGUGCGGGACCGGGAGCUGGACCUGCGGGGGUACAAAAUCCCAGUUAUUGAGAACCUUGGGGCCACACUGGACCAGUUUGAUACAAUCGAUUUUUCAGACAAUGAGAUAAGGAAGGUGGAUGGAUUUCCUUUACUAAAGAGGCUUAAGACUUUAUUAUUAAACAACAACCGGAUAUGUCGUAUCGGAGAAGGUCUUGAGCAGAUGUUGCCUAAUUUAAAAGAACUGAUUCUCACCAACAACAGUAUCAUGGAACUGGGUGACUUGGACAAUUUAGCUACCUUUAAAAACCUCACCUAUCUCAGUCUGAUAAGGAAUCCAGUGAUUAACAAGCGACAUUACAGACUGUAUGUGGUCUUCAGACUUCCACAAAUCCGUGUGUUGGAUUUCCAGAAAAUCAGACAAAAGGAGCGAGAGGAGGCAGCGAGUAUGUUCAAGGGCAAGCUGGGUGCAGAGCUUGCAAAGGAUAUUGCCAAGCGAUCAAAAACAUUCACACCGGGUGCAGGAUUAGCAGAGAAGAAGAAAGCUGGACCUUCUCCCGCGGAUGUAGAAGCUAUUAAGAAUGCCAUUGCCAAUGCUACCACCCUGGCAGAAGUAGAGAGACUCAAAGGCCUGUUGCAGUCUGGACAGAUUCCUGGCAAGGACCGUACACCUGGAAACGAGAUCUUCAUUUCAGAGGAAGCGGAUGAUGAAGAGAUGGAGGAAGAGAUGGUUGCUAACGGGUCCUAAACUGUUUUAUUGCUUUUUUUUUUUUU